AUGAAAAAUUUACCUAGAAUUGCUAUGUUUUUUUGGAAAUUGGCUGCUGAUGUUAUUCCUUUGAAGGCCAAAAUGAAUAGUGUUUUGAAUCAUGUAGAUCCAUACUGUGUUAUGUGCAAUAACUUCCAUUUGGAAACUUCUCAACAUAUGUUUCAUUCAUGUAAUUUCAUUAGGGCUGUGUGGUUUGGAUUGGGAAUACAAAUGCCUAGUUACAAUAAUGAUUUUUUAAAUUGGAUAAGAUCUUGGUUUGUUUCCCCUCUAAACGAGUGGAAGGAAAUUUUCAGCAUAAUCUGUUGGCACAUUUGGAAGUAUAGAAACUCUGUUGUUUUUAACAAGGUUAAGCCAAAUCCUGUCGAGUGUAUUGCAUUGAUUAAAAAAUCUAUUAGAGAUUGGGAAACCACUUAUGGAAGAAAAGAUGUGCAACACCAUUUACGAAAUAGUAAAUUUCAUUCCUAUACAGGUGGUCCAGAGGAAUGGAAAGACAACGUCUUCUAUAUUAAUGCUUCAUUUGAAGAGUUUGAUGGCUCGUAUGGGAUUGGUUUAACAUAUUGGUUAGAUAAUAGAUUAACUGACAUAAGAGUUUUUUCAGGAUGGACUACAGGAACAACUGAACCAGAAGCCACAGCGAUGCAGAAAUGUAUGGAGUGGGCUGUGGAGAAAAAGAUACAAAACAUAAAAAUCCGAACGGACUGUGAGAAUGUUGUUUCCUUUUUAAACAACAGGCCAUCUACCUGCGAAUGGAGAACAAUGAGAAUUCUGAAGGAUGUGCUAUCUUUUUUAGAUGAUAACAAUAAUGUUGAUAUUGGAUAUACUAGUAGAGACUACACAAGAGCGGCUGACCAAUUGGACAGAUGGAGUAGAGUAAAAAAAAUCUCUUUUGUGAGAAAUGAUUUUCUUCAUAAUGUUGUAAAAUGUAAGGUGCUACAUGGGAUUAUAAAUGGUGAAAACAUAAUGAUGUACAACCCUUGA